CGCUAUCCACUCUUAACCACUGAAUUUCUACUUGUUCUACCCAGCAUUUACCAUGUUUUGACUAGAUUGCUGAAGUAUUAUUUGAUUAUAUUAUCAUUAAAAUCCUCUUUACAUUUGUAACAAGACAGAUUCUCAAUAUGGCAUGUUUAAUUUCAAUAGAAUGAAUCACUAGGCUAUAAAUUAAGGAUAAAGUUAAAAUAGUGAAUAUAUAUAUAGACAUUUUUAUAUACUCCAAAAGUCUGAUCAUCAUUUUGCGUGAAGACAAGGGAUUCCCCCACACUUCCUUUUUUGCAGCAAUAUAAACCCAGAGACAACAUCAUUCAGUUUCAGUAGACACCAGCCGACCACAGCCAACACAGACUCAAGAUGCCUUUCAAGCCACACUACCUGUUGGUCUCCCUGACUCUCUGCUGGUUCGUGGCUCUUCAAGCAUUCCCCAUGAACGGCUGUGCUGCAUGUCAGAAGUGUCGCUGCAUCCGAACGUCCUCUGCUUUCAUCUCUCCUAGGCUGUUCCACAGGAUAGAGAUCCUACCUCCAGGUGCCCACUGUCGUCAAACAGAGAUCAUCAUUACCAAGAAGGACAAAGCCACCGUCUGUGUGACUCCAGAUGCACGAUGGAUCAACAAAGUCAUUACCAAGUUACAAAGUAGCAACAAGAAGAAGAGAAGUGCAGAACUUCCCCAUCUCAACCACCAUUGAGUGAAUUGGAACAGGAAUGUAUCAAGUUGGAGCUAAAUGGAAAUGUGACACCAAUGUGAUACCAAUGUAAUACCAAUGUGAUACCAAUGUAAUACCAAUGUAAUACCAAUGUGAUACCAAUGUGAUACCAAUGUGAUACCAAUGUAAUACCAAUAUAAUACCAAUGUGAUACCAAUGUAAUACCAAUGUGAUACCAAUGUGAUACCAAUAUAAUACCAAUGUAAUACCAAUGUAAUGCACCAAUGUGAUACCAAUGGAUUCUAUUCAAAAAUGAUUCUAAUACCAAGUUAAUUAGUUUAUAUUAAAUUGAUCUCAGUAUGUAUUGAAUGUGAUUAUUUCAUAUUUUUUUGAUCAUAUAUUGGGUCUAACGUAGAAAAAUAAACACAACCUAUACAAUA